AUGUCUGGAGGCUUCGAACUGCAGCCACUAGACGGCGGCCCUCGGACGGCCCUGGCGCCCGGGGAGACGGUGAUCGGUCGCGGGCCGCUGCUGGGAAUACACACAAACCCAUGUUUUUACCAGUCUUCUGGGAAGAGCGAGCUAUUACCAUUGAAGAUAAAUGUGUGGCGCUGGUUGCAUCCUGGAGAUUGUUUUUCUUUGUUAGUUGACAAAUAUAUUUUCCGUGUUAUCUCUGCACACUCUGAAAUGGAAAUGGAAUGCACUUUAAGAAACAGUCAAAUGCUUGAAGAAGAUGAUAUAUUGGAUGACAUAUCCAACCCUUAUUCACUUAAUUUGUCUGAUGAGAAAACUAGUAAUCCACAGCUGGAAAAAGGCACAGAAACAGCCAGUACCUCGGCUCCGACUGAAAAUCGUAUGUCUGAUCUAAAGGAAUGUGGAGACCUUUAUAAGCAACACCCAAAUCUUGCCCAAAGGAAAAGAAUCCUUCCAGCUUGGAUGUUAGCAGAAAGUCUACGUGAUCAAAACCUUUCUGUACCAGUCACCAGUGAAGGUAAUAAUUUGUCAUGGGAAGGAAGUGGAGAAAUAAUCUGCAAAGAUAAAACACAAAUAAACAUAACAAGACAACCAAGAAAGCGAUUAAUUUCAUCAGAAAGUAUAUCAGCAGAGCAAGACCCUGGAAAAAAAUGCAAAAAGGCUGAUCCAAAGGAGUCAAUUAUUUCAUCCAAGGAACUGCCACAGUCAUACUCUGCAGUCACAUUAAGUAACACAGAGGUGAAUAAUUUGAAGACUAACACACAAAGAAGUGAAAUCCAGAUACAAGAACUUGAUACAAUUUCUGAACAGAGAAUCAUCACUAAAAGAACACCAAAUAAGAAAGAUGAGGCGAUGAGUUCUUCUGAGAGCCGUUUGAGUGGCCAAGGAAGCUCUUCCCAUGAUGAGUCCCAAGAAUCUCAUCCCAACUCUGGUUCUGACCCCUCCAGUCCUGAAACUUCACAUGCAAAGGUGACUGUGUCAGCUCCACAAGGUUCUGAAGAAGGCAAAAUCAAAAGGUCAUCCUGCAUAUAUGGGGCAAAGUGCUACAGGAAGAAUCCUGUCCAUUUUCAACACUUCAGCCACCCUGGUGAUCGUGAUUACGGAGGGGUCCAAGCCAUGUGCCAAGAUGAUGAGGUUGAUAACCGGCCUGAGUGUCCCUAUGGAGCAUCUUGUUAUAGGAAGAAUCCCCAGCACAAGAUAGAAUACAAACACAGUGCACCUCCAGUAAGAAGCGACGUAGAUGAAGAUGAUAGUGUUGGGCAGCCCAAUGCAUAUGACCUGAAUGACAGCUUUAUAGAUGACGAGGAAGAAGAAUAUGAGCCGACAAAUGAAGAUUCGGACUGGGAGCCGGAAAAGGAAGACCAAGAAAAGGAAGAUUUUAAUGAGCUUUUGAAAGAAGCAAAGAAGUUUAUGAAAAGGAAAAAGUGA